AUGGGCACCCCUCGAAGUAAUAUUUUAACGUGCAGGGAACUCCUAUAGACUUUAAUGGAGCCCCGUCCUCGUAAAAUAUAGACGACAGGGGACCAUGACGUUUCAGAUCUCGGGGAUGACUGGCCCACAAUAGGAAUAAAAAAUAGCAUAAUAAAUGAUAUGUAUAUAACAUUUAAACACAUAGAGAGUGGCAAAAUAACAGCUCCUCCAUUUUUAACAGCCGUUUUUUAGUUUAACGUUGCUCUAUAAAUAAGGUUUUCGCCAGAAGUUUUGGCGGAUAUUGCGUCAAACUGACGAGCUAUAGGCAUUAUACACUGUCGAUAGUCGAUUAAUUAAUUUAUUUUUGUCUUUGCAUAGCUUCAUUUAAAUCUGGUUUAAAUGUUUAAAUGUUUAAGAAACGCAUUUGCCAUUAUUUCUACGCUGGCAUAUUUAGUGUUUUCCUAUGUGGAUAGCGGUGCCGCCCAACUAGACGGAGCGGCAUCCUUGGCGUCGCGCACCGCUCGGAAUAGCCGCCGAGCGCGGCGCUUUCAGCUUUGACUUCAUUGCCGCUGACCUAUCAAGGCGCGACCAAUGGCUGAGCCAAGAAGCAAUGAUGACGUCCCUGCGCUGGUCGUGCAUCUAUGCACUGCGCGCCACUCGACGCACAGAUCUGCACGCGUUUUCAACUUGAAAUGACAAAACCCAAACUUCUUAAUGAUGACAUCCCCGCAAUGCUCUUGCAUCUCCACUCAACGCCUCUGCACACACUUUCAACUUGAUCUGAACGAUUACCUGCUUGAUGAAAAACUUACUGAUGACCUCCAAAAUGCUGAUGAACUGCUUGCUGAGCUGCAGAAAGAGAAGGCAGCACUACCAGCUAGGACAUCCACGUCAAAAGUCAGGUGGAGAAAGAGAGACAGUGAUGGGAAUGUACUCUAUGCAAGGCCAAGGUCACGCAGGAAUCAGUCAGAAAAAGCUGGUGAUCACACGCCUAAUCCUCCCUGCAACACUGCUGAUCAUGGCCCUAACUCUGCUUCAGAGACUGCUUCAAAGACCAUCUCUGCUGAAUGUCUUGUGCAAGAUCUACAGUACUCCUUGAGUGUCUCUGAUGAUGAGAUACAAGAAGCUGCAGUUGACCAGGGAGCUCCUCUGGCUUCUGUGGAUUGGAGCACUCGUAACGCUCUCUUUUUUGAGAGAUGGAGGGCAAAGAGACCUUACCUUGUAAAUAGCAUGCUGGCACAGGGGAACGUGGAAACAAAAAUCUGCAGUCAAUGUGGGAUCAACUGUGCAGCUGUCAGAUGCAGAGACUGCUUACCAUGUCCAUUCCUCUGCGCUGAAUGCGACAUCAGCCGGCACAACAAAACCUACAUCCUUCACAACCGGGAUGCUAUGUGUGCUGGUUUCUUUCAGCCAUUGCCUCCAACCAGUUGCGUUGUGGAUAAUGCUGUUACACACUGUGUACGGCUUUUGCCUAUUGAGAUGCCUGUCCAAAUCUGUCGCUGUCCACCAGAGGCAUUGAGGGUCAUCCAAGGAAAGGCAGUUGCUUUGGUCACAAUAAAUGGACGGUAUGAUCUCAACAUGCCAGAGCUAAGCUGCGAGGGAUGCCAGGCUACUUGGACUGCAGAAGUGGAUGACCUUAUACAAAGUGGCUACUGGCCCGCCACCCUCAAUUUUGCGACAGUUUAUGAGGAAGACUUAUUUUUUACUUUUGAGAGCAUGAAGAUGGCAUCACCUGGAAUGUCCUGUCAGGCAUUUCUACGAAUGCUUGAGAAGCGGACUGUUCGCUUUGGCCGUACUGGAAAGCUCUCAUCUGACAGCUUUCAGAAAAGCUUUUUUGAAUGGGCUGCUGUUCAAUAUGAAGUUGAUGCCAUUUGCAAAGAGGAGCAAUUUAGCUGUCCUGCCUGCACUCCAGCAAUGCUUGCCGUCUCGGUUGACGGAAACCGCAAGCUUUAUCGUUUCAAGAGUACAGCACGAUCAGAGGAGCGGCCGAUCUUUGAUGGUGUCUUCAUUGCUAAUGAUGAAGAUGUGACCAGAUUUGUGGACCAAGUACACACCAAAACCAAACAUGUCACUGGAAAAGGCAUUUGUGGUGGGGAGUGGUUGGCAGCCCGAGAGACUUCCUGCAGAUCUAGGAGUAAGGUGGAUGAGGAAGGACUGGAGCUGGCAGUUUGCAGGCACGGUGUCUUGCUGUCUGCCCUUAAUAUGUUUAGGGGUGAAAUAUAUGCAUACCCCAUGUUCUUACAGAACCAGCUUGCGCCCAAGCACGACAUAACCUUCUUCUGUAUGGAUGUUGCAUGUAAAUACUGGCCCUACCUACAGAGAGUUUGUUUGGACUGUCCAGAGCUCCAGUCUCUUCAAAACAUGAGGCCCUUCCUGUCGGUUUUGCAUGCUAAAGCCCAUGACUUCAAAUGUGAGGUAAAAUGGAGUGGAGCCAACCAAGAUGGGGCUGGUUCGACAUUAGGGGAGGAAGUAGAGCAGUGUAAUGCGUUUCUCUCCAGAAUAGCGGUCACUACAAAGCACAUGUCAAAAGCAGGACGCAAUGACAUGCUUACACUCCUCUCCAUGAGAUGGAACCAGCAGAAGUUUCAAAACCUGGCAAAUUCUCUUUCCCAAAGAUACCAUAAGACUUCUAGAGCUCUAAAUGUCCAGUUGGGGGACCUGGAAACUCUGAAAGCCAAGCUUCAACUGCAAGAAAAAAACAUGGAGGAAUUUGUGCAAGAUGUGAAAGACUGGGCAGAUGGAGAAACAAACCACCAAGACACGACACAGGCUUUGUGUCAGAAGAUUGAGGCCCUCACAUCAAGUAUAAAAACAAGAUCUCAACGCCUCUACAAAACAAAUGACAGCAACAAAUGUCGACACAGAAUUAGACGGAAAAUAAGGCAAGAAAAGACCACUUUGCAGACCAUGCUAGCCAAGUACAACAGCCUUGUAACACCCGAGCAAGCAGUUUGCAUGGAUCAUAUUCUGGACACAGAACAUCCCUGGCCUUGGCAAAUAACACAAGAAGGCGCUGUUGAUUUCAGCACAAAAAAGGAAGUCUUUGAUAGGGUCAUGGCAGUUCGAAGGCUUCAAGAGGAGAAGAAGAUCCUUGUCAAAGAGAUCAAGCAGCACUGGGAUUCUCUGAAGUCCCAUGCCAGAGUCUUGUCUGAGUGGUCUUUCCAUCAGAGUGAAAACACCCAACAAGGACAUCUCACAGAGAAUGCGAAGAAGGGUGUCACUUGCCUCAUCCGCAGAAGGCUGAGGCAAAUGAAAGAGCUGCAAAGGCGUGCAAGAAAAGUCUACCUGCAUGUCCUGUCUAACCCAGAAAAUGACAAUCAGUUUUUUUGCACUACAGAUAGUUCAGAUGAAUUUGACUUUAGCUCGGAAAGUUCAGACUCCGAUGUUGACGCUAUGUAAAUACUCUUCAAAAAUACUAAAAUACUACUACAAUGUCAUUGCACCUGAUUUGAUUACAUUUUAUCUUAAACCUACCCCAAAUACCGCCAACAAUCUAAGACUACAAAUCACAGCACAAAGACUAAGCAUAGCCUAGUGUUAAACAGUGGUGGAAGUAUACAUAUCCUUUAUUUCAUUAAAAGUACUAAUGCCACACUGUAAAAAUACUCUUUUACAAGUAAAGGGAAACGAAAAUGGUAGGCCAACAAACACGGAGUAAAGGAAUAAAACAAAAUCUGUGCUAAAUGGAAGGUGGACAUAAUUAAUGUUGGCUACUGAUGUACAACCACAUUGCACAUUGUUAUUUUAUAAAUUAAAUAAACAAAAUGUUAGGGCCAAUUUGGGGUCAGUUGGACUACACUAACGUAGUGGAGUAAAAAGUAACAUAUUUUCUCUGAAAUGUCGCGGAGUAGAAGUAGAAAGUGACAUAAAAAGAAAAGACUCAUAAAGUACAAGUUCCUCAACAUCUCGAGUGAAGUACAGUACUGGAGUAAAUUUACUUAGUUACAUUCCACCACUGUUGUAAUGUUUUAAACAUGUAAAUAAUUAUUUUUGAAUGUACAGGCAAAACUCAUUUUUUCCCUGUAUUGUAUAUGAAUGUGUUCCCUUAUGGAAAUGUUUUGCAUGAUGUUUUUUUAAUAAAUUAUGAACGAAACGUAACUUAAGUUUUGACUUUUUUAAUGUUUUAUGCCAUUAUAACUUUGUUAUACUGCUGAAAAGAGAUUGAGGCGCUCUUCCUUC